UUAACUAAAAGAUGAGAGGUCUAUUUGUAAAUAAUUUCCACACCCGCCGGCAGUUGCCGUAUCGCUUUACACGCGCUGUUUGUUCCUAAAUCACCACCACCGUCUUUAUCCUUCUUCCUCAUUUCUCAAACCUCCCCAUUUUUCCUUCUUUCAAAACCUUAAGAUCUAGCUAGGGCUCUUCCCCAAAUUCAAAUUAAAAAAAAAAAAUCCUAUCUUUGGGUAAAGGGCUUUUUCAAAUUCUUCAAUGGCGAUCAUCGGAGACGCGUUGCGUCAAGCGUUUAUGCCGAAGCAAGAAUACGAGAGCCUCAGGGAGGAAGACAGAGCCUGGAUUAAGCUCCAGAGGCCUGUGCUAACGUCGAUCGUGGCUUUCCUUUGCUUCGUCAUCUUCACUUGCACCGUCGUCAGCUUGAGAAUCGUGUUCCCUUCGAAUGUCCUGAGGAGGCCCUUCUGCAGCGACGUAAAGGUUCAGCCUUUGCCUACGUAUGGGAAGGCUCGCGACUCCGAUCUGUUUCCUGGGGCUUUUUACUUGACGGAUCAGGAGACUGUUGAUUUUUACUGGAUGGUUGUUUUCGUUCCGUCGACGAUGGUCUUCCUUGUGUCGUCUGUUUAUCUUGUUGCUGGAAUUUUUGUGGCGUAUUCCGUCCCUCACCGUCACUGGUUUCUCAAAGUAGUUGAAAAUAACUACUGUGCUUCAAGAAGAGGUGGGGUUCGUUGCUUGUCAAUUCUGAAUGUAGUGUUUGCUAUCAUCUAUGGUCUCCUCGCUAUAUUUCUCGGCUCAACCCUCCUGACACUAGGAAGCAGCUGUUCUAUGCCAUUGUUUUGGUGCUACGAGAUAUCUUCAUGGGGUUUGGUAAUCUUGUAUGCUGGAACUGCUUUCUGCCUUAGAAGAAGAGCCGCUUUAACGAUAGACGAAGGAGAGUUUGGUAACAGAAAUCAUCAGGGCUUGGAGAUGCUUGAAGCCAAUCCUUUGGUAUUCACGCCAGAGGUUGAAAGACGAGUGAACGAGGGCUUUAAAGCAUGGAUGGGUCCAUCUUUGUUAUCAUCUGAUGAAGAAGAAGAUGAAUCCGAGUUUUACAACGAAGUUCCUAAUGUAACAGCUCAUACUCUCUCUAGCAGGCAAAGAUCUUGAAUAUUGAACAGAAGAAUAUGAAGUAUGACACUUUCUUAGUCCUCCAAAGAUGGGUUGCUUCAGAGUGUGCUCACCCGAGUUUAUGGACGGAUCAUGAGAAGAUUGUAAUCGGAAGAUAAAAUCAGAGCGGUUAGCAAUGUCCUAGUUGUAGAUAUUAUUACAUCAUCAAGAAUGGGGUUUGCUUCUGUCGUUGACCAGUUAUUGGUCGCUUUUGAUCCUGUUUACAUUAGCUAUUUCAGGAGGCUAGGCCAGCUUAUUUGUGUUUUGUAACCCAUUCAUGAAUUAAAAGUUAAUUUCUUGAGAAAAAAGUAUAUUUUCACUA